AUGGACGCCAGUACGCUCGCAACUAUGGACAAGGAUGCGUUGAAGAAGCAAAUAGAAAAUAUGAAAUACCAAGCUGCCAUGGAGCGUUGGCCCCUUUCGAAAUCGAUUGCGGCCAUGCGAGAAUACGUGGAGGAAAACGAGAAAAACGAUCCUCUAAUUCACGCCCCCGACAAAAAGAACAACCCUUGGGCAGAGAAAGGAAAGUGCGUCAUCAUGUAG